CGUGUUAGUCAAAAUGACGAGUUAGUGUUGAAUGUAUCGCCACCGUUCAGUACGGCUCUUGAUGGUGUUCAGUUUACUUGGGCGUUGAAAGUGAGUGACGAUUGCACUGCAUCGGAUUAUUAUUAUGAAGAUAGUACGAGUAAUAUCACCAUAUCACUUUAUUAUAAAGAUGGACCCACACCUGAUGUGCAUUUGGUUGAAGCCAAAUCACCUGAAUGA